CUAUCACCUUCACCCCAACCUCACCACCUUUCCAACCGAUAAUACUGAUCACAAUUCACCUUAAAAAUAUCCAAUUUCUCCACGAAGAGAGGGAAGCUCAUGCUCUAUAUAUCUCUGUCUCUCACGAACCCUCUUGAUACCAUCGAUCGUAUCAUGGCUGCUCCGAGUUACCCUCCAAUGGCUAACCCCGUAGCCUUAAUAAACCCACAAUUCUGUGCUCCUUACCCUGUGGAUCUGAUCAUUGUGAGGAAGCUCUUGACUUUAUCGGAAGGAAAUUUCACCGUCACCGAUGUUAACGGAAACGUCAUGUUCAAAGUGAAAGGCAAACUCUUUAGUCUUCGUGACCGCCGUGUCUUGCUUGAUGCUGCUGAUAACCCCAUCAUCUCCUUCCAACAGAAGAUAUGGACUGCACAUAGGAGAUGGCAAGUUCUCAGGGGAGAUAGCUCAGACUCAAAAGAUCUGCUUUUCAGUGUUAAGAAAUCUUCACUGAUACAGUUUAAGACCAAGUUAGAUGUGUUCUUAGCCUCUAACACAAAAGAAGAUGUUUGUGACUUCAAAAUUGAAGGUAGCUGGUUCGAGAGAUCAUGUGCUAUAUAUGCUGGAGAUUCUUCUACUAUAAUUGCUCAGAUGCACAGGAAGCACACAGCUAGUAGUAUUCUGCUGGGCAAAGAUACAUUUUCUGUGACUGUAUAUCCACACAUUGAUUAUGCCUUCAUAGCUGCUCUGGUGGUGAUUCUGGAGGAAAUCAAUGAGGACAGAGAUGGAAGUGACUGAAAUCACCUUAAGUUUGUAUAAAUGGUUUCCCUUUCAAGUUAGUAAUAAAAUCAUGUACUGUUGGAGACCUACCUUAAGAAUAUUAUCUGUGUAGGGGGUACUUGAAUUCCGGAUGUAAUGUGGUUGCCUCUACAAUCUUAUGAUCCUGGAACUUGUAGAGGUCAGCAAAAGACUUUUUUUUUGGUUUUUUUUUUAUGUAUGUAUCCAUUUGCUUAUGCAUGAAUAAAAAUGUUUAAAUAACUUUCGGAUUG